AUGACUCCUUCCGUCUUUUCUAUGAUUUUUCAUAUUUUCAAACUGCGUCUUGUUGCCGUCUAUUCUAUCAAUAUCGCUUUCUCCUUCUUCUUGUACUUGCCGUGUCUAUCGCAUUCCUUUCUUUUUGUAACUACCUUCUCUCUCUCUCUCUCUCUCUCUCUCUCUCUUUCUGUGUUUGUGUGUGUGCACGCGUUUUAUUUGGCGUCUUUUUCUUUCCUUAGUAACGUUCACAAACAAUUUUCGUCACCUCAUUCUCGUCACUUAACAUUUUCAUUCUUUCUUUGCUUCCCAUUUCUCUUAAUUCAAAAAAAUAUAUAUAUAUAUCUAGAAAUUCUUUUUGUUUCCUGUCCGAUUUCCAAUAAUUCUCUUUCGUUGCUUCUUUUCUUCUUUGUCUCUUCCUUACAUAUUUGGGAUUUCAUGCACACCGACAGUUCCCAAUUUAUAAUUGUGUCUCUCGCAUUCCUUUCUUUUUGUAACUACAUUCAUUUCUCUCUAUCUAUCUCUCUCUCUCUCUCUCUCUCUCUCUCUCUCUCUCUGUCGUUGCAAAAGCAGCGUUCUUGUAAAGAAAGUAGCAACAUUAGCUGUUGCGUCUUAGCAGAAGAUCUAUACACGCACCUUCCGUUGCCUUGUCAAAAAAAAACCAUUCUUGAGAUAUCACCGUUGACGCGGAUCCUGUCUGUACGAGCAGGCCGACUAAGAGCACCUUCCGAUAAUCAAUGA